CGGAGGUAAGCUCAAAACGCCAUCGCAGAUAAGAUGACCUUCACUGUACAGACCUUCCAGAUCUGGCGGAAAUGAUUAUCAUCAGCACAUGUCCCGCUUGGGUCGUUAGGCGACACAUGCCCGCGUCUAGGACGGUGGCGGAGUUCGCAGAGCUUUGUGAUCCCUCACGAAUCCUUCCAGCUUUGAUCUCAAGACGCUAUCUCGUGGCCAUUUGCAAUACCCACUCAGCGUCUUCCCCUCGUCUGGUUUCAUCUACCAUUUGGCCGUUUAUUCAACGAAAAGGUCGGACGGCUCAGUUUUCUCGGUCUCUUUCACCUGCAAAUCUAAGUCACUUCUGUUGUUGAGCCUUUGGCAGACUUGCUAGUCGCCUCACCUCCAAACAUUAUCGAGAGAUUAGCUCAAAGAUGGGCCGAAAUCACUCAGAGUACGCGCCUGUGUACUCUGAUGAGAGUCUAGCAUCGAGUCGUGAAGCCGUCGAGGCCACAGUUGCAGCAUCAAACAUACGGCGCACAUCAAAGCUUCGUAGAUUCGGGGUGUGGACUCUCCAUGCCGUCUUGAUCACCAUCUACACCGCAAUCUUUGUUGUGUCACUUUUGCCCAAGAGACCAUUCUCGGGGGUGUUUAGUUUGAUAGAUGCACCGCCAAAGGUUGUCGGCGAAGAGACUCAUCUCGAAAUCUUCCCUAUUCAAGGCCCGCCACACGGCAAAUACACGGGCGAACCAAGACCGGAGGUAGAUCAAGCAUGGAGGGACUUGCUACAGUAUAAUAAUAUUCGAGUUUCCGAAGAAUGGGUUCAUCGUUGGGGACGGGAGCAUGAGGCGGUCAGGCUACCCGAUGGCGGGUAUCUCGGCAUGCUCAGUGUCUUCCACGAAUUGCACUGCAUUAAGCGGCUUUACCAGACGUUGUCGCCUGAUUACUACUUUCCCAACGCAACCAAGCAAGAAAUCGCCACGAAUCGGGAGCAUAACCAGCACUGUCUUGAGGUUCUCCGCAUGGGUGCAGCCUGCCGUGGUGACAUUUCCAUCAUCACCCAUAUGUGGACUGACAUCGACGCGAAGCCCAUCGUGAACCAAACGGCGCCUCACCAAUGUAUUGACUUUGACAAGGUCAUGGACUAUUCUCGGGACAAUGCAGUAGACGUGUAUCAGGACAACUACAUCGUCCACCCGAAGUUCGGACCUUCUUUUCCCAAGGGCAAUAGCAUUAAGCCCUUCAAGGAGCAGGGAAUGGGGCACCAUCAUUAAGGGCGGGGAGGUCAGACAGUCCCUAUACUUGUUCAAAAUCCGGAUGGGCCAGGUAUAUGGUGUAGCUACGUCUGACUGUAGGUCAUGCCAUUUAAUGUUGCAAUGGUUGCCUCUGGCGAUUAAGCUUGAUAAAUGCAUUACCUUGAACGUGGCAAUGAUGGCAUUGUUUUCCGAUUUGGAUGAUAGAUAGCACCGGGAGAACUCCGCGUGUGCGUUAAUUGGCACUUCAGUAAGGCAAUAUGGCGAUUUUCUAACAAACAUCUGUUCAUACUGGGUUGUGACAUUGGGACUCUGGCAGGAGAUACCUCGGGUACUUAGCUUAAGGCACUGUACGGAAUCACUUUUGAGGUUCGGGCAGGUAAGGUAAGGUACCUUUUAGGCUGCCCCACUCCACACCGAGAAGAUACCC